UUUGUUUCCUUCGUUUAGCAGCAAAACAAUUCAGUCAUCUUCUCUCAAUUCUUAGGGUUUAUCACAUCUCUGUAUCUAAAACAAAAAUUUUUAAAAUCUAGCCUUUGAAGAGUGGGUGUUCGAUAAAUUAUCAAAACACUGUACUUUUUUUUUGGGACAAAUGGGUUUGGGCAGAGUAUACCGUUCGUCUUCACUGAACUUGAAACACGGAGUAAAUGAGGAGGAAGAGCCACGGAUAGGGUUCGUGAGAUGCACGUUUGGAUUGGGGAGGAAAAGAGUCGGGAUAUCAAAUGAGAUGGAGGAUUUAACGCCUCUUGAUUCUGACACCAAAGUUCCAUUAUUGAAGAGGCAGUGCAGCGAGAGGAUGGCGGUGAUGCUGACGGCAGAUGAUUACCAUGAAAAAUCUGCUUUCGAAUCACUUCCUCGAGAUGUUCUUAUUAGGAUUAUUUGUGGUGUGGACCAUGAAGAUUUGAAACAACUUUUUAACGUUUCUAAAUCAAUCAGAGAAGCUACUGUAAUUGCAAAGCAGUCAUAUUUUGCUUAUAGCACACCGAAAAAGGUGAAAGCUUUUCGAACGUCCAUAGAAUUGGAGGAACCAUGUGAAUUCGACGACAUUGAAGCUCCAAAUGCGCCAAGGCAAAUGAGGUGUCACAGGUCAAUCAACAGGAAGAAACUUGUUGCUAUUUCAGUGGCACUAUUUGAUUGACACGGAAAGUUUGUAAAUAUAUCUUGUAGUAGUAAAAGUGUAAAUUGAAAAGGGUUUGAUUCGUGAAUCUGGUCGUGGGAUCUUUGUACAUGGGUAUGAUUCUUUACAAGCUAUUUCUUCAAAUGUUUCGUUGAAG